AUGCCGCCGAAGUUCGAUCCCUCACAGGUCGUCGACGUCUUCGUCCGCGUCACCGGCGGCGAGGUCGGAGCCGCCAGCUCCCUCGCGCCGAAGAUCGGCCCACUCGGCCUCUCCCCGAAAAAAAUCGGCGAGGACAUCGCGAAGGAGACCGCCAAGGACUGGAAGGGCCUCCGCGUCACCGUCAAGCUUACGGUUCAGAACCGCCAGGCCAAGGUCACCGUCGUUCCAUCCGCCGCCGCGCUGGUCAUCAAGGCGCUCAAGGAGCCAGAGCGCGACCGGAAGAAGACCAAGAACAUCAAGCACAACGGCAACAUCUCCCUCGACGACGUCAUCGAGAUCGCGAAGGUAAUGCGGCCGCGGUCCAUGGCUAAGGAUCUCGCCGGCACCGUGAAGGAGAUUCUGGGCACGUGCGUGUCGGUCGGGUGCACGGUCGAUGGGAAGGAUCCCAAGGAUUUGCAGCAGGAGAUUGCUGAUGGAGAUGUUGAGAUUCCCCAAGAUUGA